AUGGGAGACUGGAAUUUCCUGGGUGGAAUUUUAGAGGAAGUUCACAUUCACUCCACAAUGGUUGGUAAGAUCUGGCUCACCAUCCUCUUCAUCUUCCGAAUGCUUGUUGUUGUUGUUGUGGCUGCUGAAGAUGUCUGGAAAAAUGAGCAGGCUGAAUUUAUUCGCAACACAGAACAACCUGGUUGCAGAAAUGUCUGCUACGAUCAUGCCUUCCCUAUUUCUCUCAUCAGGUACUGGGUGUUGCAGGUGAUCUUGGUAUCAUCGCCUUCCUUGGUCUACAUGGGCCAUGCCUUGUACAAACUAAAAACACUAGAAAUUGAGUGGCAAAUGAAAAAGGUGCAGGUGAGAGCUGAUUUGAGGCAGAAUUUGAAUGAACAUCGUAAGAGACUUGAGAAGGAGCUCGGCAACUGGUACAAAGAAAGCUGAACAGAGCCUCUGAGAGGUUCACUGCUCUGCAUUUAAGUGAUCCACGUUUUUACUAGAUCUGUUCUUGAAACUGGGUUUAUGAUUGGCCAAUAUCUUCUCUAUGGCUUUCAACAAGAUCCUCUUUAUGAAUGCCAAACGGAUCCUUGUCCAAAUAUAGUUGACUGCUUUGUGCCAAGUCCAACCGAAAAGACGGUUGUUUUUAUGCAAUCCCUUGCAACCCUUUCACUGGGCCUGAACAUCCUAGAAACUGUUCAUCUGCGUUUUAAGAAGGCCUCGCACCGCAACGCCGCCAGCAGAGAGCGCGGCGGCUGCAGCAGCCCCCGGUGGAGGGGGGGGCACCGACCUCCGCGUCUAAGCACCAGCACCGCGGAGGGGAGGGGGCGCAAAGGACCCGCCCACCGACCUCCGCGCCCUUCCGGUGGACGGCUGAAGAGAAACGGCGCCAGAGGGUUGCAGUCCGGAGGCGAAUCUUCCUGGCGCCUUUCGGCUUCUUCCGCCCGAUUCCUCCUCCUGGCGCGGCCCAUAGAAGCACACGGAGGGCGCGGCGCGGCGCGGCGCUGCUCGCCCGUCUCCAUGGUGACGCCGUCGCGUCCAUGA